CAACUUAAAGAAUGCCCAUAUCUAGAGAAGAUUUUCCAUUAAUUUGUCGCCUUUGUUUAUUAUUUGAAGAAAACAUGUCCUCGAUAUAUACACCGGAGGUUAUUAAAAUGAUUCAAAUUUGCGUUGAUAUUGAGAUUAAACAGAAUGACGAAUUUCCAUCAUCAAUUUGUAAAAAUUGUUAUGAUCAAAUGAAUAAAUUUUCAUACUUUCGAGAAACAUGCAAAAGUUCUCAAGAAAUCUUAGAAAAAAUAAUCGAAAGCUGCGAUACAAAGGAUUCCGAGAUAAACUCAGCAAAUAUUAAAGACGAAUUUUCAUCACAAAUUAAAUCUGAACUUUUUGAUUCUGAUAACGAUUAUAAGGAUGAUUUUGAUAGAGAUAACGAUGAUGAUGAUGAUGAUGAUGAUGAAGUAGAUGAUAAACAAGCGAAUAAUAGUUCAGUAAAAGAAGCAAAUCGUGGUGAAACUAAAGAAAAUAUUGAAGAAAUGUUAAGUAAAAUUGAUAAAACUAGUAAAAAAUCAGUAUCAUGUAAAUUAUGUGGAAAAACAAUGCCGGAACGAACACUUUAUGGACAUUUGCGAUAUCAUCAACAAGGCACUCGACAUAAAUGCGAACAUUGCUCAAAAGCAUAUCGUAAACCCGGUGAAUUGGCAAAACAUUUACAGCGUGUCCACAAAACAAAAAGCGUUAUCAAAUGUAAUGUUUGUAAUAAAACGUUUCUAAUUCAAGCACAAUUAGAUUUUCAUAAAAAAACACAUUUUAAUAAAAAAUAUCCAUGUGACAUUUGUGGAAAAGAGUGUUAUCUAAGUGCAAAUUUGAAACGACAUAAGGAGACACAUACAAAACGUGAGAAAUCAUUUUUCUGCUUACAUUGUGAUUCAACAUUUUUGGGUGAAGUAUCAUUAAAAAUACAUGUUAAGAAAUAUCAUUCGGAUACACCACAAGAGAAGCAUGCGUGCCCACUUUGUGGAAAAAUGGUUUAUAAUGUACGACUUCAUACAUUGAAUACACACUCUAAUGUUAGACCGCAUAAGUGCGAUCAAUGUGAUAGAGCAUUCGGGUUCAAAUCAGUUUUAUUAAAACAUGUACGGGAAAAACAUUUAGGUAUUCAACAAGAGUAUAAAGCAUUAUGCCCGUCAUGUGGAAAAUCAUGUCCGUCACAGGGUGAUUUGCGUAAACAUUUACGUACCCACGCACAAGAUCGUCAACUUUAUGAUUGCCAUUUAUGUGGUAAAAAAUAUAAAUCCCGUGAAGGUUUGCGUAAUCAUUUAAAAGUACAUUCAGGUUUACGGCCAUAUGUUUGCACGUACUGUACAAAAGCUUUUCAUACAAGUACAAUAUUGAAAAAUCAUAUACGAACACAUACUGGUGAACGGCCGUUUGCAUGUCAUAUUUGUGGAAGAGCGUUUACACAAAAAGUAUCUUUACAAACUCACGUUAAAGGUCAUAAUGAUUGA